CGCGAACGCACCAAAGAGAGACACUAUCGCCCGGCACGGCAUGUACUCCAAUGGAUGGGGCUCACUCAUCUACCGAGCCCCAGGGAAUCAGAAGAAGAAGGCGACGUCGAUAGUGACGCGCGCGUUCUUGCAUCGAGUCGUCGAGUAUGCCAAGCCGUACAAGCGGGUGAUUGUGGGUGUGCUGCUAGCCAUCGCCAUCAAGUCUGCGCUGGCGCUCAUUCCACCGAUGCUGUACCGGGCGAUUCUUGAUAAGGCCAUUCCGCAGAAGGACAAGAGCCUUCUGACCGAGCUGGCGAUGGGGCUGCUGGCGAUUCCGAUUGCGGUCGGCAUCUUUGGGGUGGUCAAGUCGUACUACGUGGCCAAGAUCGGGUCGUACAUCAUCAACGAUCUGCGGACGGCGACGUACCGGCACCUGCAGCGGUCGUCGGUCCGGUUCUUUACGGCAACCAAGACCGGCGAGGUCAUGUCGCGACUGUCGAACGAUGUGCGCGGAGCACGCAAUGCCAUCACCGACACGUUUGUGGAGAUUGUGACCAACGUCAUGAACGUGGCGCUGACGCUGGCGAUCAUGCUUGCCAUCGAGUGGCGGCUGACGCUUGUCGGUCUUGCUUUUCUCCCGCUCUUUCUGGUGCCGGGAAACGUCAUCGCCUCCAAGCUCCGGGUCCUUGUCCGUGAGCAGAUGGAUAUGUACGCCACGCUGUCGGCCAUUGCCAACCAGACGCUCAACAUCUCGGGCGUGUUGCUGACCAAGGUCUUUGGCCGGGCCGAGCACAACGUCGCGCUCUACCACGAAAAGGCUAACGAGCUGCGCGACCUCUCGGUUCGCAUCUCGUUCAUCGGGGUGUGGUUUGGCAUGGGCAUGGGCCUUAUUUCGUCGCUCGGCACUGUUGUGGUGUACUGGUGGGGCGGGAACCUGGCUAUCGACGGCAAGCUGACGGUAGGUACGCUCGUCUCGCUCACAGUCUAUCUCACCUCGCUCUACGGGCCCAUCACUCAGCUGGUCAACUCGCGAGUCAAGAUUGCAACCUCGCUUGUCUCGUUUGAGCGAGUCUUUGAGAUCCUGGACAUGGACAUCGAGAUUGCUGACGCGCCCGGCGCUGUCGUCCUCGAUGCCGUCGAUGGCGCCAUUGCCUUUGACAACGUCUCGUUCUCGUACGCGCUCGCCAACUAUCAACGGAUUCCGGGCGCGUACGAGAGCUACUACGACGACGAAGGCAGCGAGGAGCGUAGCGAUGACGGCGGCGGCAUUGGCCCGGCCCACAGCGUUGACUUGGCGCCGGACAGCGACGAGGAGAUUGGGCUGCUGACGGCUGCGGUCCCGCUGGCGCCGCGGAUUAAGCGGCGGCGACCAAAGAUGGAGCGGCUGCCGCAGCUGCGGACAACCGAGCGGUUCUGGCCGCGCAACAUUGGCAUGAGCGGCCGGAUCAAGAGCGAGUACGGGGUGGACGACCGUGCGGCGGCGUCAGGGCGGUCGUACGCGCUCAACGGAGUGAGCUUCUCAGUGGCGCCCGGGCAGCUUGCGGCGGUGGUUGGCCCGUCGGGGCGGGCAAGACGACGAUGACGAUGCUGGUGCAGCGGCUGUACGAUGUGACCGGCGGGGCGAUCUCGAUCGACGGGCACGACGUCCGCGAUGUGGCGCUCGACUCACUCAGCACACACGUCGGUACGGUGACGCAAGAGUCGUUCCUCUUCCACGACACGCUGCGGGCCAAUCUGGUGUAUGCGCGACCGGACGGGAUGGCUACCGAUGAUGAGCUCCGCGAGGCCUGCCAAGUCGCCAACAUCCUCGACUUUGUGGACGCGCUGCCCGAGGGCUUUGACACGGUUGUGGGCGAGCGCGGCUAUCGGCUGUCUGGCGGCGAGAAGCAGCGGAUCGCCAUUGCGCGUGUGGUGCUGAAGAACCCGCGGAUCCUCAUUCUUGACGAGGCGACGUCUUCGCUCGACUCCAAGUCUGAGCGCGCCAUCCAGGACGCGCUUGACGCUCUCCUCGCCGAUCGCACCUCGAUCGUCAUUGCCCACCGGCUCUCAACCAUUCUCAAGGCCGACAUCAUCUUGGUUCUCGACCAGGGUCGGCUAGUGGAGCAGGGGAGCCAUGCUGAGCUCCUUGCGCUCGGCGGCCUCUACGCCGAGCUGUACAAUACGCAGUUCUCGGGACGGCCGGCAUCGGUGUCUGCGUCUGGGCCUGAGCCUGCGCCAUCGUCGCCGCGGCUCCUCUGAGGCACUGCGGGAUUCGUAACACUCUCUUUACUAGGCACCUACUCUUCGGCCUGGCGACGCUUGAUGCGGGCGACCGACUCCUCCUCGGCCCAGACCUUGAUCGAGGUCUCGGGCGCGCAAGCGAGGCCGAUAGCGGCGAGAACAAAGGUGCCGCCCAUCCC